AUGUUCCAACUGAUACCCCUGUUCGUAGCGAGCGCGCUCAUGGCGGCCUGCCAGCAAGACGGGAACCACCUGACCACCUGCGCACACGAAAAGUGCGAGACGGUCGGUAGCACAGAGAUCUGCACCCAGUGCAAGGCCGGAGGCGUCCCGGUCGACGGUUUCUGCCGGCCCUUCGGCUCCCCCCAGGCCGCGGCAGCCGGGUGCACCAAAGCAGACGGGGCUGCCCUCGACAAGACGGCAACCACCUGCGAGAAGUGCGGCGACGGGUACUUCCUCUUCAUGGGCGGGUGCUACAAGACAACCGACGGGCCCGGCAGCGAGAUAUGCACAGCAGCCAGUAAUGGAGUAUGCACUACUUGUAAGGCAGAUAACGGCCUGUUCAAGAACCCAGUUACACCUCAGAAGCCUGGUAGCGAGUGCAUCUUGUGCUCCGAUACUAUAGAUAGAAACGGGGUCAUGGGAGUCGCUGGAUGCUCAGAAUGCUCCCACACGGGCACUAGCGGACCGGCCACGUGUACAGAGUGUCAAGCAGGGUUCGUUACGAAGGACAGUGCAUGUGUGAAGUGCGGAGACGGCUGCUCUGCUUGCUCAGCUGAUACUCCGACUCAGUGUACCGCCUGCGUUGAGGGGAAGUUCCUGAAGGAUGGUAACACUUGUGUAGAGGCUACUGAAUGUGGUGCUGAUAAGUACGCAGACAAGAAGACCUGGACCUGCAAGGCAUGUGAUCCCGACAUAGCUGGGUGCACCGCAUGUGAAUAUAAUGAUGCCACGGGGAAGCCAAGGUGCACCAACUGCGGGACCAAUAAGACCCCCAGGACGACCCUUGAUGGGACCUCGACCUGUGUGACAAAAGACUACGCUGGAUGUAAAGGCGCUGACGGGGCCCUAUUUAUGAAGGAGGACAAAACAUGUGUUUUAUGCAGUACCGUUUCAGCUGGAGCCGAUCCAAAUGACCAGGGCAUUGCCGGGUGUAAGAAGUGUACCAAGGACUCGGCGACACCGCCAACCUGCUCGGAGUGCCUCGACGGAUAUUACAAUAGCGCAACUGGUGGUAGUGGUACGGCUACAUGUGAAGCUUGUGGUGAUAAUUGUGCCACCUGUGCUAAGGAUACAAAAGACCAAUGCAUGACCUGUAAGCCCGGGUUCUUCAUGAAAGGUAGUGGUCCUGGCACAUGCGUCCCCUGUGAUGACCAAACAGAUGGAGUGCCUGGCUGUGCAACGUGCACCUUCUCUAGCUCGUUGACCUGCAACUCCUGUAAGCCCAACUACAAGCAGAGUGGUACCGGUCCUUUUACAUGCACCAAGACUUGUGAAGACCCCACUGCCUGCGGGGGCACUUCUGGUGCCUGCGAUGCCAUGAUAAUUGAUGAUCAGGGCACCACAAAGCACUACUGUUCCUACUGUGGAGAGACCAAUAAGAUACCAAUUGAUGGGAAGUGUGUUGAUAGUGGUAGUAUAAAUGGUAAUACUUGUGCUAAAGGUGUAUGUACACAGUGUGCUCAAGGAUACUUCUUAUACAUGGGAGGCUGUUAUAAGGUAGCAAGUCCACCCGGUAACCUCAUGUGCACUGAAGCAACAACAGCUGGUGUCUGUGAUACACCCAAUGCCAAUAAUAAGUACUUCGUAGUCCCAGAAGCAAAGCCUACUCAACAGUCUGUGUUGGCUUGUGGUAACCCCCUGGGCACACUAGUAGGCACUGAUAGUACCGCUAAGGCAUAUGUGGGGGUGGAUGGCUGCUCCCAGUGUACAGCCCCAACAGCUCCAUCUGAGGGUGGCAUGACUGCCGCCACGUGCACAGCGUGUACCAACAACAACAAGCCCAACCUGGCUGGGAGCGGGUGCUUCCCAUGUACCGUUAGUGGAUGCUCGCACUGCAACAGGGAUGACAUGUGCGAGGCAUGCAGUAGUGGUAAGAAGGUGAGCCCUGGAAGGAAGUCAUGCGUGGAUAGCUGCCCCAGCAACUCCACUGAUGAUAACUCUGUCUGUGUGUGCAACGAUGGAUAUAGCCCUGACAGCAGUGGGACCUCCUGUGUGUCCUCUGGCGCCAACAGGAGCGGCCUCAGCACAGGGGCCAUCGCGGGGAUCGCCGUCGCCGUGGUCGUCGUUGUGGGGGGCCUCGUGGGCUUCCUCUGCUGGUGGUUCAUAUGUAGAGGGAAGGCGUGA